GAGACGCUCUAGUUUCCGGCCUUCCGCCUUUCGGGCGGCUCAGGCGGCCCCUUCCAACUGGGCUCCAGGACGCAUGCGCUGAGGCUUAUUUUGUUUUGAUGGGUGUGGAAAGCAGUGAGUUUGUUCGGCGGAAAUGGCGGGAAAGGUGCCGCUCGGCGGGGAGCCUGGAACGACUGAGAUGGAGACGGGUGCCCGACCGAAACAGAGAAGGGGAAGAAUUGUGCCAUCUCGUUACCUGCAGUACGAUAAAAAAGCAGGUGGAAAGGGUACCUCAAACACCAAUCUGUCCUUUGCAAAAGGUCUAGAAAAUGUAGGAUCUCCAAAGAGACCACCUCUUCAGAAAUUCAAGACCUCAAUAAACGUUACACCUAGUAUAUUACAGUCAACCUUUCUGGAUAGCCAUGAGAGUAAUCGACCAGAACUGGAGGUUUCAGCUAUUAAUGAAAAAAGCCGCUAUAAGACACCAGUUUCAAAGCUCAAUAUAAAAGGCUUUUCCAAAAAAAAGGUCUUGACACCCUCUGAUUCGGAUGAUCUGAUUGGGAUGCUGGACUCUCAGAUGCUGCUGUUAACUUAUGCCUCCAUGAAGAUGGAGAAAAACCUUGUCCUCCUGGAGGGGAAAGCUGAAAGAAAUUUGUUAGCGCUCUGUGAGGAAGUGGAGAAACUACAGACGAAUGCACAUGAAAAGAAGCAUAAACUGCAACAUCUGAAGAAAGAGACUGAGCUUUCUGAAGCACUAGAGAGACAGCUUGAAAUACUUGGACCUGUUUCUGAACAAUGUGCCCAGUUUAGGGAGGACUAUAAGCAUUUUGCCACAGCCCUGGACACAACUAGGCAUGAACUGCCCAUGAAGGAUAUCUACGUAGAAGACAUGGGCCAAUAUCUAGCUGAUUUACAGAAAAGCUUGACUACGAUUCAGAGUGUUUUGAAUGAAUCUCUGCUACAAAACUUUGAAGAAAAUGCCAAAGCGCUGAAUGUCAUGAAGGAACUAGAGGAAGUAUCUUUGAAGCUAGAUGCAGAGCUACCAAGGACCUUUGCACGUGUUGUGGAUUUGUCUGCUGAUGUGAGCAAGGAGGCCUCACUCCAUUAUCAGAAAGUGUGUGAAGAUACCUUGGGUCUGGAGACCAUGAAGCAAUUGUAUUUUAGUUAGAACCAAUAUUUAGCACUUCAUGUCACUGAAACAGGAAGCUGGUUCUUCUGUUCUUUCACUGAAAGACUGAAAUAGGUUACACUACUUGGAGUAAUAUUUUCUACUCAUUUGUUACAAUUGCUUGAGAGGGGAGGAUAUUUUAAGGAGAAGCCUAAUUGUUCAACAUGAACAAUUGGAAAGGUACACAAAAUGUGCUUUCUUCCCUUCAUCUCUCUUGGUGCCAUUUCAGCUAAUGGAAAUGAGGAUAUAUUUGCACUUUGAUAUUCUUUCACUUUUAUAUUAAAAACAAUUUUCUCAUUGCAAAUCUGGUUACAGUAGUCUUCAUUGGAAUAGGUUAUUUCUUGCCCUGCCUGCAAGGAUAUUUUACAAAUGUUAGCUUUUGAAGGAAUGUUUUUGAAAUAAUUUGAAAAAUGAAUUUACACCUUGCCUGUAGUAGAGUUUGCCACAGUCUUCAACAUGAAUAAUCAAAACAAACCCAAAAUAUGAUGAUCAUAGGCCAAGCAUGAUUAAUAGUCUGGUUUCUGCAGGUUGUGGGAAUGUAUUGACUGAUAAUAGUUGUCCCUAAAAGGCAGAAACUAUCCCCCACUUGAAUAUCUUCCUUGUCAGUUCUGAGAGUGGCAUAUGUUGUCAUUUGUUUGGUCUUCUUUUUGUUUAUUCUUAGUUUUAUUUAUUCACUGUGCUUCUUGAAUUCACUGCUGAAACUUGCAAAACAUUUGCAUUUUUACUUACCACAUUUGUGUCAUCAGAAUAGCAGUUAUGUGUUUAAUUUUUAAAAACAUCCUACUUUUCUAAUCUAGAUUCUUCAAUUUAUAUUCAGUAUGUAGGUGGAAUAAAUGAGAGAAUACAGUCUGUCCUUUUGCUAAUCUGGAGCCAGACUUUCACUAUAUUCUGCCUGGACUGUGGCUUCCUAUUCUGGGUAAUGUUUUCAUAUGUAGACAACAAAAUGUUCUAGGAUUCUCAUUUUCCUA